UACACAAACAUUUUUAUUCUCAAAAGAUCCAGAUGAGAUAACUGUCCUCAGAGUGCAUACAACAGCUGAAUAACAAAUCAGGACUACAGUUGCUGCAAGAUCUAAGUGAACUGCAAUUAUGGCAUCUAUUUUACUGAACGUCAUAAGAAACAAACACAGCAAUUACAUUCAACAGGUGGAGUAUGUGAAGAACCCUCACCUGGACAGCAUGGAGGAGGACAUCCUGUACCACUUUAACCUGGGAACCAAAACCCAUGACCUGCCACACAUGUUUGGAGAUGUGAAGUUUGUGUGUGUAGGAGGAAGUGCCAAUCGGAUGAAAUCUUUUGCUCAGUUUAUUCAUGAGGAGCUAGAGUUGCCGGGCAACACUGCCAACAUCAGAGAUAUCUGUGAGGGAACUGACAGAUACUCCAUGUAUAAAGUGGGACCAGUGCUGUCCAUUAGUCAUGGCAUGGGUGUGCCCUCCAUCUCCAUCAUGCUACAUGAGCUCAUUAAACUGCUCUAUCAUGCCCGCUGCCGUGAUGUCAUCAUAUUCCGCAUCGGCACGUCAGGCGGAGUGGGUCUGGCUGCAGGUACCGUGGUGAUUGCAGAUAAAGCUGUGGAUUCGUUCUUCAGGCCGCUUUUUGAGCAGGUGGUUCUGGGUAAAGUGAUUGUCAGGAGCACAGAGCUGGACAAAGAUGUGGCCAAAGAUCUGCUGCAGUAUUCCACUGAACUGGAAGAUAUUCCCACUGUCAUCGGAAACACAAUGUGCACACAUGAUUUCUAUGAAGGUCAGGGCCGAUUGGACGGAGCACUGUGCUCUUUCUCUGCUGAGGAUAAACUGGACUAUCUGAGGAAAGCAUAUGAUUCAGGCGUCAGGAACAUUGAGAUGGAAUCCACUGUCUUUGCUGCCAUGUGUCGUGUCUGCAAUCUUAAAGCUGCAGUGGUGUGUGUGACUCUGUUGAACCGGUUCGAGGGCGAUCAGAUCUCCACCCCUCAUGAUGUUUUGCUUGAGUAUCAGAAGAGGCCGCAGUGUCUGGUGGCCUAUUUCAUCAAGAAACGUCUCGGACUCAUCUCAUAAAUCCUGCGAUGAACCUCUGUGCUGUACAUAAUACUGUUCAUAUUGUCGUUGUGUUAUUUAAAGGUUAUAUUCACAUUCAAACCAUUCACAGCUUCCUCAUAUUUCAAUUUGCGUGAACAGUCAUCUCACUUUCAGUUUUGUUAUUGUCAUUUUCGUGUAUUACAACUUUUAAAUGUGAACUGUACAUUUGUAAAACUGUAAAUCUAAAUAAACUGUCUCUGAUUUCAGUUCCA